AUACACAAUGGCUGCUGGAAAGAGGGGAAAGCAAACAAUUUUCAGGCCCGCCGCGUCUAGCAAAAAAUAUGAGAAAAAAAUUAUAAAAAAUUCGGAAAAUAGUUGAAAGUCAAGAAAAACUCCGUAGAAAGGAUGUUAAGGCUCCUGGGGUGCCUGAGUCCUGGCGGUGUUGAGCACAUAAAACUGGAGAGAGAACAAGCGUCGUUGACAGUAGGUGGGCACCGCGUCCUUGUCCAACCAGCCGCGCUGCCCUAGGGUGCCAUGGCCACGGGAACCCAGGGGCACUUAGACCACGUUCCGGAUAAAGCCAGGCUCGCGGCGGCCACAGGGAGGCGCAAGAGAGCGGAGGGGGGCAAGCCCAGGAAGAACUUCCCCUGUCAGCUGUGCGAGAAGGCUUUCAACAGCGUGGAGAAGCUAAAGGUGCACUCCUACUCACACACAGGAGAGAGACCGUACCGGUGCUCCCAUCAGGACUGCACCAAGGCCUUUGUCUCCAAAUACAAGCUGCAACGGCAUAUGGCGACACACUCGUCAGAGAAAACCCACAAGUGUACGUACUGUGAGAAAAUGUUCCACCGCAAGGAUCACUUGAAGAACCACCUGCACACUCACGACCCCAACAAGGAGGCCUUCGCCUGCCAGGAGUGCGGCAAGAGCUACAACACCAAGCUGGGCUUCAAGCGUCACCUGGCCCUUCAUGCGGCCAACAGUGGAGACCUCACCUGCCAGGUGUGCCUUCAGCCGUUCGCCAGCACCGGCCUUCUCCUGGAGCACCUUAAGACCCACGCCGGCAAGUCCUCGGGCGGCACCAAAGAGAAGAAGCAUCGGUGCGAGCACUGCGAGCGCCGCUUCUACACACGCAAGGACGUGCGCCGCCACAUGGUGGUGCACACAGGCCGCAAGGACUUCCUGUGCCAGUACUGCGCCCAGCGCUUUGGCAGGAAGGACCACCUGACGCGCCACAUGAAGAAGAGCCACGCCCGUGAGCUGCUGAGGGUCAAGACGGAGCCGGCCGAUUCGCUGGACUCACCCUUUUCCUGCGGGCUAGCCGGAGGCGUCAAGGGCGAGCUGGCCACCAUGUCGACGCCGCACAGGCAGCUCCAGCUCAACCUGUACGGUGGCCCUCUGCUGCCACAGCACCACUGCCCCACCAUGCCCCCCCUGGACACAGAGCCCAACCCCCCACACCCCUUCCCCCUAAAGUACCAGCUGGGCUCUAAUCUUACCUCAUACUCCGUCUCCACUCUGGAGAGGGAGCAACAUCUAAAGGGAGAACUGGAGACAUAUCUGAUGGAACUGCAGAGCGGCAUGCCGUCCUCCUCGGCCGAGGGGGCUCAGCUAUCCUCCGCCUCCAAACUGGAGUUAGACUCCCAGGUGGGCUCGUUGGAUGAGACCUCGUCUGACGAGGCAUCUCUGUCCAAAAUCUCGGCGGCAGCCGGCGAGUCGCUGGCAUCCUCCUCAUUGCUCGAUUUCUCACAGCUCUUCAACUUCCUGCCCUUGAACAGCCCUCCUUAUGGGCACCAGGUGACAGCCGGUGGGGGUCUAGGCGGGGUCUCCUUCCCGCCAGAGGAGGCACUGUCUCUCGUCCAGCUUCCGCCCCAGCCCCUGGAUUCUCAUGAGGUGACAGGGAGCGGGGAGGAUGUAAGCCCCCUCCACAGCCUCUCCUCCUCCUACCAUUCUAACCUGAGCACAACCACCACACUGCCCCGCUUUCACCAGGCCUUCCAGUGACACAACACAACACACACGCAUGCACACACACUUACACACGUACAGUAAACACACACAGGCUGAUAAAAAAUUAUAUUCUGCAAAUUAUUAUUUUCAUGCCAGUAACACAUUUUUGAAUAUGUCUGCACAAAACUACGACGUAAUAGCACUUCUGUUCAACAGUUAUGGGAUUCUACACAUACACAGAUACAGUAUAUUAGAUGUAUGGGUGUGUAUCAGCACUGACAUAUACCACAUACACAAGUCGUUUGGCUCAACCACAUAGCUCAAGCCAUGGAAUAAUGGUUGACAUUUCAUGUGGUUCGUGUCAACAAUACUAUAUCUUCACCGCCCUUGCAAAUUCACCACUAUAAUGUUCAUGACCAACACAGUCCAUUUUAGUUCAAACAACAAUUAAACAUAACUAGGGUUUUGGAGUUUUACAUAGAGGAAUUUAUUUAGGAAUGUGAUUGCAGUGUUGUAUUUCUACCAAUCUAUAUUCUUAACCCCCUUUGCCUUGGAGUAGAUUGAACCUAGUAUGUCGAUUUAACCAUAUUUUCAUAUAGAACUUUGUACUUUUGUGUGAUGUUGAAUGUCCUCACCCGCUAACCAUUUUUUACAAAUGUCUUUAUCUCUUUGUUUUGUUUUAAGAUUUAUAGCAAUGCAAUCAUAUGUUUUUAGACAUAAGGUACUGAAAAGCCCCUUGUGGAAUGUAGUGUGAGAAUCAUCCCUGUUCCCCAUCAAAACCAAAGUCCACCAAAUAUCGACUGAGUUGCCAGGCAGAAUAGUGUCAUGGUAUCGCUGAUGGUUGUAAAUGUUGCUGCUGCCUAGUAGUUCCCCUAUAGGCCGAUGGGAUAACUCAGCUACAGAUAGACUAAGUUGUUCGUCCUCAUUUCAUUUGAUUUGAUUUCAUAUAAAAGGGACAAGAUAAUAUACAAUUUUUAUGGCAAGAAUGUAAUCGUAGGCCUGAUUCCAUUUCGGCCCCUAGCCCUUCGCUGCUUCAUACCCCUUGGUCAAAAUUGCUAAAGGACCGAAAUGGAACCAGACAGUAGAAACAACAUUAAAGCACUGCCACAUAACUAGGGUCAAUUUGUCUUUCCUCAUUCUACCGGUUUUAGUACCGGAUAUGAGGUUAGAAAUAGUUUGGGGAGCUUUAACUCAAUCAUUGCCUGGCUACCCAAACACCUAGCUCCAGCCAAACGCUAUUGGCCUGAGCACCUCC